CCAUUACUUUCACUUCCUUUUUCCCACUUCCACCCUUCUUAUUUAAAUUGCAGAUUCAAUUGUCUAUAUAACUAUUUUCCCCUUCUUUUUAUACAUCCAAAUUUCUUCCUUUUUUUCCUUCUUUCUCUCUAUUUUGGUGAACCACUUUAGGUAAUCAGAUUGCUCCCACAACUGCACAUAUAAAUAUGCCAUCAUAGAACAUCAUAGAAAGGGAAAAAGAGAGAAACUUGGCAAGGCAAGACCUUUAAAAAUCCAUUUUUUAUCUCCAUUCACACACCCCAUUUGAGUUUUUCUUCCAUUUUUGUUCUUUUGGGGCAAAAGGGUGUUCAGAUUGAGGCACCAAUGAAGAGGUCUCCAUCAUCUUCUUGUUCAUCAUCUUCUGAAACUCCCAUUGCUGAGCAAGGAAAAAGAAGACCUAAUUAUCCAAGGAGGAACAACUUGAAGUCACAGAAAUGCAAGCAGAAUCAAACCACUUGCAGAAGAAGUUCUAUCUAUAGAGGAGUUACAAGACAUAGGUGGACAGGUAGGUUUGAAGCUCACCUAUGGGAUAAAACCUCUUGGAACAACAUUCAAAGCAAGAAGGGUAAACAAGUUUAUUUGGGAGCAUACGAUACUGAAGAAGCUGCAGCCCGUACCUAUGAUCUUGCAGCCCUGAAGUACUGGGGAAAAGAUGCAGUUUUGAAUUUUCCGAUAGGAAAUUACACAAAGGAUCUUGAGGAAAUUGACAAAGUUUCAAAAGAAGAAUAUUUAGCUUCUUUGCGGCGCCAAAGCAGUGGUUUUUCUAGAGGCAUAUCUAAGUAUCGUGGGGUUGCUAGGCAUCAUCAUAAUGGGCGUUGGGAAGCGCGCAUAGGAAGAGUGUGUGGAAACAAGUACCUUUACUUGGGAACAUAUAAAACUCAAGAGGAGGCAGCUGUGGCAUAUGACUUAGCAGCAAUAGAGUACAGAGGACUGAAUGCAGUGACCAAUUUUGACAUAAGCAACUACAUUGACAAAAGGAAAAAGGACCAAACUCAAGAAACAGUAGCACAAAGAGAAACAGUUCCCAACUCCUCAGACUCAGAAGAAGCAGAAGUAGAACAACAACAGAACACAACUACGCCAACCCCUUCUGAGAAUCUGCACAUGGCAGCAGUGCAGCACAACCAAGUUCCACACACACCCCUUAGGGAAGAGUCAUCAUCACUGGUCACUAUUAUGGAUCAUGUGCUUGAACAGGAUCUGCCAUGGAGCUUCAUGUACACUGGGGUGUCUGAGUUUCAAGAUCAAGACUUUGCUUUCAGCAAAGCUGAGGAUUUAGUAGCCAUGUUUGGAGGUGGUUCAGGGUUUGAGGAAGACAUUGAUUUUCUGUUGAGCACAGAGCCUUGUUGUGAGACUGGGAGUGAUGUCAAUAUGAGAGCAGUUUUUGAUAGCAUUGAAUGUGGUGAGGGUGGUGGAAACAUGGUGCAUGGGGAUAACAAGCAGAAGGAGAUACUAUCUUUUGCAUCUUCUUCUCCAUCAUCUACAACAACUUCAGUUUCUUGUAACUAUGCUUAGAUUAUUGGGUUUGUUAUGUAUGUUGUUGGGAUUUGUUGUGAUAGGUGGUGGAUGGGUGUGAACAAUAGAUGACUUGUGAAAGUGUU